AUGUUUUGUAGAGAGUCGUCGUCAAGUCUCCAGACCUUGAGUAUAGCGAAGAGUCUCAGCUCUCUGUUUGUUAAACCAUCAGCAUUCAUCAACCAGAUUUCGGCAGGACGUCGAGACAAGCUGGGUCGUCGUCCAAACCUCGGAGGACGAUGUAAGGUCACGGCCUCACAGCCUAAUAUUGAUCAUAGAGUCAAAGGUAACAUAGUGAAACAAGAAGUUAAAAAAGUCAAAGUAAAGGGAUUCAUCACGGCCCAACAACGGGGCAUAUUUCGCUUGAGUCCUCUCGAUGACAAAGUCACAGAGGAUGUUGAUGACGAUGACGAUGCUGGCAGAUCACUGCUCGUCGAGCUUAUUAGCGCCGAUAUUGACCCCGGGAAGGAUCCGGUAGAAGAGUACGCACAACGCGUAUGGUGCUCAGGCCUUGAUGAGAAGUACGAGUGCGUGUUUGACAUGCCCGCAGACUUUGGAACCGUGGGGGCCAUCAGGAUUCAGAACCAGAAUGAUAGAGAGAGGUUCAUUAAGGAGAUGCAGCUUGAGUUACCAAGCGGCCCCGUCACGUUUACAUGUAACUCAUGGGUGAGCCCAAAGUCCGUAGACCCAGCCAAGCGGAUAUUCUUCUCAAACAAGUCAUACUUGCCUUGGGAAACCCCAGAACCUCUUAAAAAGCUGCGAAAGGAGGAGCUGGAGACCUUGCAAGGGAAGAACCGCCAGAGUGUUGGUGAAUUCGCCAAGUACGAGCGCGUUUACGACUAUGACGUGUACAACGAUCUGGGUGACCCUGACAGAGAUGACGAACUUGCACGCCCAGUUCUUGGAGGCCUCGAUCAUCCGUACCCAAGGCGGUGCAAAACUGGUCGCGAAGCCAGCGACAAGGACCCCUCCACAGAGAAACGCCUGGAAGGAAUCUUCGAGAACUUCUAUGUCCCCAGAGACGAGGAGUUCUCCCUAGCCACGGGCAUUGAGUUCACGGGCAAGACCAUCUUGGCAGCUCUUCCUUAUUAUUUACGGCAGCUCGAGGCUCCUAUCCGGGAUCCCAACAUGCCCUUCCCACACUUCAAGGCCAUUGAAAAUCUCUUUGCAUAUGGGAAGCUCCCCAAGGAUGCUGGACUUUUCAAAUUGCUUGCUGGUGCUUAUAAGCUUCUCCAUUUUCAUCCCCCUGCUCUCAUUAAGAAGGAUGGAUUUUCAUGGUUACGAGACGAGGAGUUUGGUCGCCAGACCCUUGCAGGCCUUAAUCCCUACUGCAUUCAGCUAGUUCAAGAGUGGCCGUUGAAAAGCAAACUAGACCCUGCGGUUUAUGGUGAUCCCAACUCACUCAUUACUCAGGAAGUUGUGGAAAAAGAACUAAGAGGAGUCAUGUCAGUUGACGAGGCUCUAAAGAAAAAGAGAUUGUUCAUGUUGGAUUAUCACGAUUUGCUACUACCGUAUGUGAACAAAGUGAGAGAAUUGGAUGAUACAAGCCUAUAUGCAUCUCGAACACUAUUCUUCCUCCAAGAUGAUAGCACAUUGAAGCCUAUUGCUGUUGAGUUGACUUGUCCCCCAGAUGCCGACAAGCCCCAAUGGAAGCAGGUGUUCACGCCAGGAUAUGAUGCUACCUCCUCCUGGCUAUGGAGGCUUGCUAAGAUUCACGCGGUUACUCAUGACGUCGGUUAUCACCAGCUUAUUUCCCACUGGCUGAGGACUCACUGCUGUAUGGAGCCAUACAUAAUAGCGGCAAACAGACAGCUAAGUGCCGUGCAUCCCAUCUAUAGGCUUUUGUAUCCCCACUUUCGCUACACCAUGGAGAUCAACGCUCGUGCACGCCAAAAUCUCAUCAACGCAGGUGGAAUCAUUGAGAAUACUUUCUGGCCCGGAAAGUAUUCACUAGAGCUAAGUUCAGAUGUAUAUGGUAAACUCUGGAGGUUCGACAGGGAAGGCUUACCCGCAGACCUCAUCAGCAGGGGGCUGGCUGUGGAAGAUAAGACCGUGGAACAUGGGGUACGCCUGACGAUAACAGACUACCCAUUUGCGAAUGACGGUCUGAUGCUGUGGGAUGCACUCAAGGAAUGGAUAACAGACUAUGUGAAUCACUAUUAUCCAAAGGCAGAAUUGAUCACGUCGGAUGAGGAACUCCAAGAAUGGUGGAGUGAAGUGAGGAACGUAGGGCAUGGGGACAAGAAAGACGAACCAUGGUGGCCUGACCUCAAAACACCAGAGGACUUGAUCGGGAUAGUGACUACGAUUGCGUGGGUAGCCUCAGGUCACCAUGCAGCUGUGAAUUUCGGACAGUACGGUUAUGGAGGAUACUUUCCCAACCGACCAACCACAACAAGGAUAAAAAUGCCAGUGGAAGAUCCCACAACGGAGGAGUCAACAGAGUUCCUAGAAACGCCAGAACAGGUGAUGCUUAAGACAUUCCCGACGCAGAAGCAGGCGAUGCAAGUGAUGUUCACUCUGGAUCUUUUAUCGACCCAUUUUCUUGGCGAAGAGUACAUAGGAGAAGUACCCGAGGCAUCUUGGGUCAACGAUCCUGUCAUCAAUGCUGCAUAUGAAAGAUUCAAAGGCAAGCUGAUAUACCUAGAAGGAGUGAUAGAUGAGAGGAACUUGGACGUUAAACUAAAGAAUAGAGUGGGAGCUGGUGUGGUUAAGUACGAGCUUUUAAAGCCCGUCUCUCCUAACCCGGUGUUACCGGAAUGGGUGUUCCUUAUAGUAUUUCCAUUUGAUCACUCUCAGUUUCUGUAUUUCUUUCUUUGUCAAAAAGCAAUAAUAAAACGAAGUAAUAACAAUGAUGAUCCUUUCCAUUACAUUGCCAUUUACAAUAUAAAUAAACAUCUCAACUUCUAA